GCGACUAUGAAAUACGCAAUACUAUCGCAAAAAUUUAUCUUUACAUGCAGAAAGGAAAACAAUUUUUAAUGUGUAUUGUUUCGUAACGUUGCGUCAUAUUUUUCUCUUUUUUUUUUCUCGAAAAGUAACACAUGAAGUUGCCAGAAUGUUAAUCGUUAAGAGAUGUAACAAGCGCGGAAUAUUCGUGCGACCAUUUUGGCGGUGAUGAAUGAUCACGGACAAAACAAAAAGAAAAAAAAAAAAAUUGGACGAGAGUGUGACAAAGGGGCCAGGAAGAAAGAGAGAGAGAGAGAGAGAGAAAGAACACAAUAUAAAUAUGUUCCAAGAAGACAACAAAAGCCGAGCAAUCGAGCAUACAAAUAAUUACGUAGGAGUAGAAUUAUUCUGCGAUUAAAGCUAUCUGUUAUUGUAUGCGUUAUGAUUUCAUGUCCGUUCCAUUAUAAUUUUCUUCUCUUUUCCUCUAUCGUUUUAUUAUAUAGAAAAAGCAUAUGACGAAGUGUUAAUAAACGAGAGAGAGAGAGAGAGAGAGAGAAAGAGAGAGAGAAAAUAUGAAAUAAUUAUUAUCACGUCAACAUAGUCAAAGGUAUUUAUAUUACCGACCAGUUGGAAUGAUCAUACAGUUCUCUGGUAAACUCCGAAGGAAAGAUGAAGCUCGCCUUGAUAAUUCCUAUCGUUUUCGUGCUCCUUCAAUUGGCGACAUGCCAAGACAAUGAUAAUGCCAAUGAAUCUAAUGACGAUAUGUCCGGUCCUCCUCAUAGAGUAGGAGGACAUAGACAUUGCCAUGGUCCUCCUCCUCCUGGUAGGAGACCAUCUGGUCCACCACCCGAUGAAGAUUUUGAUGACGAUGACGACAAUCAAAAUAACACGAGGAAGAGAUCGGUUAAUCGUAGAAAUGCACCUAGUAUGAACGAAGAUGAUAUGCAAAGUGGUAUGCAAGGUGGUAUGCAAGGCGGUAUGCAUGGUGGUAUGCAAGGAGGUAUGGGAGGUAUGGGAGGGGAUAUGGGAGGGGGUAUGGGAGGGGAUAUGGGAGGGGGUAUGGGAGGUGGUACGCAAAGCGGUAGACAAAAUAGUCCACCUAGCAGAAACCGCAAACGAGAUACAGGAGAGAUCCGAAGUUUCUAUCGGUUUGAAAACAAUAGAGCUUUCAGGAAGAGAAGAACUACUAUACCGAAUAAUAUUAUAGAACAACCCCAGGAAUAUUAAACGAUCAAGAGAGAAUUGAUUGGCGUAAUUUUAUGAUGCAAAAUAUGAAAUAGUUUUAGAAUCGUAGAAAAUUUUGUAGAAGUUAUUGCGUUAAUCAUUAAAAAUGAUUAUAAAAAAAUCAUAAGAAUAAAGAAUAUUUUACUGUUUAA